UUUGACAGAGAAGUUACAUGAUAUAUCUAGCAACAGAUUGGGAAAAUACAAGCGCUCUACAUCUUUUAAUUCAAGAAGAGUUGUUCUCCUUUUCUCAUUCCU